AUGUCGGACAACUCCCUCCAUCUCGUCGACCUCAGCCGCAACUCUUGCGUUGAUGCGGAGCAGGAAGAUGACUUUGUCUUCUUCGACCGACCUGACACUGCCAUGGACUGGGAUAUCGUCGAUGCUCAGAACAAUGAUGCCGAGGAGAUUUGCCAGGACAGCGGCAUGGACAGCAACUUCGUUGACGGCGAUAGCUGCGGGGAGAUUGACGCCGAGUCUGAGAUUGAGAAGAACAAUGAAUUCUUGACAACCUAUGAGACCUGCGGAGUUACCUCGUGGAACAACGGCACCAAUCGGUGCAAGAAUGAAGAUGAUACCUGGAUCACGGAGAUGGAGAUGGACCUUGACAACUUAUCUAUUCACUCUGGCCUUUGGCAUGCCACAAAGUGUGUCAAUAUACCGUCGCCAGCCCCCGAUCCCAACCAUGAGUACUCCGAGCUCCUUGGUGCUACCGAAGGUGCAAAGAGCACCGGCACUAGACCCUCGAUCCCCAUCUUCUUUCUAGAGGAAUGCGAGUUGGGCAACGCUCAAUCGUUUUACGCCGACAACGACGUCACACACACCGAGCAGGCCGCGACCAAGGACAAGUCUCCCUCUCCAAGCAGUCCAAGCAGAAUCCCACGCUUGAUCAAGAACAUGAGCCCGUCGAGCAACACCGAUGUCUCGCCCAAGAUUCUGGGAGAAUUCAAGACUUGCUCGUACUCAUACUUUGCCGGACAUCGGGCGCUUCGUCGGGCGCUUCCUCCUCCAUCUGGCGGAAGGGCCACGUAUAGAAGGUGCGAGGCCUGUCUCUGA